CUCAUGUUUCUGGGCAUACGAUCGCCAAAGCAUUAAAUUCCAACUUUCCAAAACCCGACGAUCUCUGUGUUGGCAGCAGUUCAUAUAGGGUGCAAAGACAAAAAUGGCAGAAGACACGAUCGAUGAACCAAUUGCAACAUCAACACAAACAUCACAAACCGAAACACAACCAUCGCCGAAUUCAGGCGAAAAGACGCCCGACAAUCAACCGCGUCCACUUCCAAACUCGAUCGAGAUUGGUGACACUUUAGACGACCUCGAAUACCAUCAAGGUCUUGCAGAGAUUGCAGAGACAAAUCAGAUAACACAAUCUUGGAGCGAUUUACAAGUAGCAAUAAAAAAUGCAAUACUUCAGCAAUGCGAACUUAUUGAAAAGAAAGAACCCGCACCAGAAGAGUGGGCAAACAUCGAGAGUAUCAAAACUAAUAUUUUGCACAGCCUCGAGAAUCAUGAAAGACCACCCUUCACGGUUCAACGAUUAUGCGAGUUGGUGAUCGAUCCUCGAAAACAUUAUCGAAUGUUUCUAAAAUACAUAAAUGCAAUCGAAAAGGUCCUUUUGGUAACAUCAACAUGGGAUGAUUUUGUGGAACAUUCAGGCACCAAUGGAGUAAGCGAAGUACCAACAUCCUUGAGCGAAGGAUUAUUUGCAACAGAAGAUAGCAUGAUCAAUGGUGUGGAGCUGGAACCGAUCACCUUUGAAAACAACAGCAGCAGCAACGAUGAAGAUGGCGAUGACGACGAUAGCAAUAAUGACAAGGACAAGGAAUAUGCCACUAUGAGUGAAGGCAAUGGUACUCCUCCCAGUAACGACGACAAAAAUGACAGCAGUAUUAGCGACAACGACGACAUCAGCAGCAGCAGUAGUAAUUUAGACAAUAAAGAUAACAACAAUGGGCCAACCGCCAUGGAUGUAGAUGGAUGAUAUGUACGCAUCAACAACAAUUAACAGCAACAACCAAAAAGUACCUUUUAAGACACAACGGGCCGAUAGAUAUAGGAGGAAGAAGGAAAAGGAAAAGCCUAUCCUUGGAAUCGGCUAUUGACUCGGUCACAAAGCAAAUACACAUCUUUUUUAUUGUUUAAGGAUUAUCUGUCAUACGAUAACAACAACAAGGAUUACUGCUGCGGAUAUUGUUGAUGUGCUUUAUUCUGAGGGGGGUACUGUUUGGAAGGGAGGUAGGAG